GUGAGAAUGAGAGAAGACCACGACCCUACUACACGUUAACUAACAAAAUGUGUUGUAAUACAACGUACAUCUUUGUGAGAAGGGCGUAACCCUCACAGAUUAUCGAAAAAAAAACAGUCGAUUGUGAUUAUAAAAUCACAGAUAUGAGAUUAACGACCAGUCGUGGUCUCGAGGUCGUCCAAGGAGGCGUAUUCAUUCCGUAAUAUUCACUCAUUCAUACAAUUGCACAAUAAUUCGUAAAGCCAGUGAAUAUAAGUUUUCGAAUAACGUGUACUAUCUUGGACAGUCUAGUUCACAAAUAUAUUUAAACGCCAACGUUCUAAAAAUAUAUUUACACGCUUCUAAGACACUAACACUAACAUAACGUUGUGUAAAAAUAUUUUGCUUGUGAACUUGACUAUAUAAGUGACUGUUGACUUUAAACUUUCAGUUUGUGAAUCAGUUAAGAACAAGAAAAGUGUGUAUUGUUUUCAUUGAAAAUGACAAAAGUGCUAGUACAGCAGGGUUGGUUGGAGGGCGAAAAGAAGGAAUUAGUGACCAAAGAUGGUCAUUUUUACAGUUUCAAAGGCGUGCCUUACGCCGCGCCUCCGAUAGGCAAGCUGAGGUUCAAGGCACCGCAACCGCCAAUACCAUGGGAUGAAGUGAGGAAAGCAACACAACACGGGCCCGUGUGUCCGCAGUAUGACUUCUUUGCCAACAGAUUUAUCGAAGGCAACGAAGAUUGCCUCUAUCUUAACGUGUACACUCCAGAGCUUCAGCCUCCCAAACCACUACCUGUCAUGGUGUACAUCCAUGGCGGCGUCUUUAAGAGCGGCUCAGGAAAUGAUGAUUUCUAUGGACCAGACUUCUUAGUCAAACAAGGAGUUAUACUAGUUACAGUCAACUACAGACUAGAAGUCUUAGGCUUCCUAUGCCUAGACACUGAAGAUGUACCAGGUAAUGCAGGAAUGAAAGAUCAAGUAGCAGCGCUUAGAUGGGUAAAGAGUAACAUAGAUAGAUUUGGUGGCGAUCCUAACAAUGUAACACUUUUUGGCCAAAGUGCCGGUGGGGCCGCCACGGCCUACCAUGUGCUAUCUCCGAUGUCAAAAGGAUUGUUCAAAAGGGCUAUAGCAAUGAGUGGGGUACCUAAUUGCGAUUGGUGUGAAAAUUUUGAACCGAAAGAGCGUGCGUUCAAACUUGGCAAGCAAUUGGGAUUAGAUACAGACAACCCCGAUAAACUUCUUGAAUUCUUUCAGAGUCUCCCUGUAGAAAAACUAGUAGACACUGGUCCCUGCUUGUUAGCUUUUGAGGAUGUUUUGAAUAUGGAGGCUGGAAAAACGAAUUAUUUUGUUCCCGUAGCAGAAAAAGAUUUUGGUCAAGAAUUCUUUUUAAAUGAAGACCCGUUCGAAGCGCUCAAAGCAGGACGAGUAAAUGAAGUAGACUUAAUGAUUGGCUACACUAGUGAAGAAGCACUUUUUAUAGCUGGUAUGGCUCAACCAGACUACCUGACUCGAUUCGAAAACUGGCCAGAACUAUUGGUCCCAAAAAAGGUUUCAUACAAUGUUCCACAAAGGAAAAUCUUGGAGUUGGGAAAGCGAAUUAAAGAGCAUUAUUUUGGGAAGAAAGCUAUUAACGAAAAAUCUGUUAAAGAGUUCAUUAAUUUCUUUUCGCAAACUGGGUUCACUUACCAUAUUCAAAGAUUCGUGCAACGUAUACCAAAACUGCGGAACACUAAGAGAUAUUUCUACCUAUUUGAUAUGCGAUCGGAUAGAAACUUUUUCGCCCGCCGGGCAGAGACGGAAUUCGGCCUUACUGGCGCCUCGCAUUUAGAUGACUGCCUCUACCUGUUCCAAGCCAAUGCGUUUCCUCUGAAAGUGGACACACAAUCAAAAGCAUACAGCUUGAUACAGAAGACGUGCCUGCUAUUUACUAACUUUGCAAAAUACGGCGACCCAACCCCCGACGCAUCGCUCGGCGUCCGCUGGCCCGAGUUCGAUGCGCGAGAGCAGCGUUACCUGCGCAUCGCGGAGCAGUUCGAGGUCGGCGACCAUCUGCACACGGACAUGGUGGACUUCUGGAGGGGCGUGUAUGACGAUGCCGGCAUUGAGUUUUAAUUGUGAACAAAUUAUAUAAAUAUAUGUUCAAUGAUGAAAAUACAAAAUGAAGGAGAGUUUUAUAAAAACAUUCGUAUGUAUUUGAAUGUAAAGAGUCAUAUAUAUUUAUUUACAACAGCUGAAAGCGCCUCUACCAGAAAUCAACGGGAUCCUGGAAGGUUAGUUCAUAAUUGUGUUCCCAGGACAGCAUUAUAUUCCAAUCACUGUUUUGUGAUGCGCAUGAAAUUUUUUAACUAGUUCCCAAAAUCUAUAACAGAACUGCCUGUACAUAGAUUAAGAAACAAAUUAAUGAAGCUAUUGUCUGAUAAAAGCUAUUAGUGUAAAAGAUUUCCUCUCUAAAGAUAUACAGCCAGAUUUGUAGUACUUAAGUAGUUUCAAGAUUUUGCAUGCUAGUACAACCUGUUUAGUACAAAUAGCAGUACCCCUAGUGUAAAUUUGAUCGAUAUCAUAACGUGACGAACGCGUUUGCGUUAAGUCUCAUUUUGUAUAGGAUUUUGAGUUUCCAAAACGUCCCGCUUGGCGCGCUCUUUCUGAAUCCAAUACAAAAUGAGACUAAACGCAAACGCGUACGUCACGUUUCGAAAUCGAAUUUAUUUACACUAGGGGUACUGAACAAGCAACCAAUUGUCACUUACCACCUAAGACACUACUGUACCUACUUAUUCUUUGCAAAUAAAUACAUACAUAUACAGGGUGAUUCAGGAGACGUGAGCAGGAUCAAGCUUGAGCAUUCAGUAAGUUAUAAGCAACUGUUUCGUACCAGUAUUUGUGAGAUUAACGUUCUUUUAUUUUUUUACCGUUCAAAAAAAAUUGUUUUAAUUUAUUUACGCCAUGUAUGGGCACCCUCUUUGUUUUAUCCAUAACAAGUGACAAAUUGAAUGUCAUCGGAGUCUGGUUACUUUUGAAAAAUCGUAUCUCACACAAGUGUGACAUUUUGUUUUCUUCAUAAUCAAACUGCUGUCAUAACGGUUAAAGAGGUAUUAUCUUUCUUAAUUAAGUGUUGUAGGGUGUCCAUGAUUGUAGAUUAUCAAAUUUGUCCUUCCCAAAAAGUUAAAUAACAGAAAUAAAGCGAGAUUGUUUUACUUAAAUAUGAUGAUGAACGGUUCAUUAACAUUUACUGAUUGUGUAGGCUUAGUCCUGCUCACGUCUCAUGAAUCACCCUGUAUACAAUGCUUAAUUAAACUGAUACGACAUAAUGCCGUUAUAUUUAUGAAGGGUUGAGGUAAGGAGAACAAUCUAAGUAAGUGUAUGAAAUGUGUCCAUCAAUAAACCUAAAAUAGGCGGCGCCACAAUACAUCGCGAACAAAUUUCUGCCUGCCUAUGAAGCCGAUGGUCCCGGGUUUCAAUCCCGGUAAGGGCAUUUAUUUGUGUGAUGAAUACAGAUGUUUGUUCCUGAGUCAUGGGUGUGUUAUAUGAAAUAAAAUUAUCAACACUUAAAAAAUCUAGCAUUUUUUUUCCAUUGCUUUCUCAAACAAACGAAAGUCAACCCAAUUUUCUACAUAACAAGGUUUAAAUUAAAAAUAGGAAAAUUAAAUCAAAUCUGAGUAUUGCGACUUUCUCAAAGCUAUUUUAACAUUUCAAAGAUUAAAUAAGUGUCACUUAAAUGUUAUUCAAAUUCUGAAAUGUAAUUUUUAUUACAAAUUCUAUAAAUGAAAAGUUCCCAUAAAUUUUAUUGAAAGUAAAAAAUAAUUUGAAGUAAACUUCACAGCUAAUUCAAAGAUUAAUUUGAAUUCGAGACACUGAUUAAAGUUGAAAGCGUAUUGCUUUUGUUUAUAGAAUUAAUGUAAUUACAUUAUGUCUAAUUAGAAUAUAGAUUUACUGUGUAU